AUGAAUGCUGUUAGCAUAUCUCGUGAGAAACUUGAGAAUAUUCUGCACAAGGAACUCAGGAUUAUGAAGAUUUCUACUCAGUGGGUGCCAUGUCUUCUGCCACCUGAUCAAAAGUGCACCAGGUUGGUCACAUCACAGGAAAAUUUGACAUUAUUUGAGGCAGAGCCAUCUGGUUUCCUCGAGCAUUUUCUAACUCAGGAUGAGUGUUGGCUUCAUCACUUUGAACCAGAGACAGAGACAAGCCAUACAGUGGAAACACCCUUCCUCAUUGCUCCAAAGACAGCCAAGGUUUCAUCUGCAGUGAAGUGCAAUGAAAAUUACAUUGGGGAAACAGGAACUAAACUAACCAGCCAUGUAGAUGUGAAUAAAAAGCAAACUAAAGAUUUAUCUCUUAGAAAUGUUCCAAAUGCAAAGCUUUACACAACAACCAUGAAACUAAUGGUUAAAAAAUGUGGAUGA